AGGAAAUACUUGAAUAAUCUCACGAGAAAUUAGGAGAUAGUGAUUAUUGUUUACAUUUCAAAAACAUGAGAACCAAACCGAAUCGAUUCGAUUUCAUAUUAAAUGAUAACAUUGGAACCGCCAUAACAUUUUUUGCAUAGGAUGAGGAACGCGCCAGGUAUCGAACUUUAUUUUGAUCGACAUUAAAUUCGGGACUGAAAUCAUCUCGCACAAGAGAAAGUGCCUCGCUUGAAGAAUUAAUUUACAGCAGAUAAAAAAAAAAACACGCCGGGGCCAGAGGGUGGCCAUUCUUUUGUACAAGAUACCCGCUAUAUGGAUGUUGUGGUUCUCGAAGAAAGGAAUGUGAUUGUGUGGGGAUCCCCGCGUACGGAGUACUGAAAGGCGGGUUUGGGAUACCCCCAGGUUUUCGAGGCCUCAAAGGGAAACCUCCGCUGUCUGCCGUGAAGCCCUGCUGCUUACCCGCGUCUUGAUUUUGUAGAGUCAGUACGCGAGGGACGUGGUGGUGUAUGAGGCCUGGCUUGGGAGUGUCUGCCUAGCACUGGGGAGAGACAACGGGGAUAUUUUUGGGCAGUAAUUGGCUCUUCGGAGGACUACAGGCAAUAUUUAUAAGACCAUGAUGGAAGAACUGCAUAGCCUGGACCCCCGGCGGCAGGAGCUGCUGGAGGCGCGAUUUACUGGCGUUGGUGUAGCUAAGGGUUCUGGACAAAAUGAGUCAUCGAAUCAGAGUCUGUGCAGUGUGGGCUCUCUCAGUGAUAGAGAGCUGGAGACUCCAGAAAAGAAAGUGAACGAUCAGAGGUCAAGAAAACGGAAAGCAGACCCUUUCGACGGCACACCAGGCAAAGCAGGCGCAAGGGGACACAAGAUUAGUGACUACUUUGAGUUUGCGGGAGGCAGUGGCCCUGGUACCAGUCCUGCCAGGGGGGUUCCCCCAGUGGCUCGCUCUUCCCCCCAGCAUUCCCACUCCAACCCCCCUGUCACGGUGCAGCAAGGAAGUCCCUCAUCUAUGGGUUCAGCUAACACUGAGCAAUUAACGUGUUCUCUGAAAUCUGUCACUCUGCAGUUGUUUCACAAAGCCACACAGUCCGACCUUACGAUAGAGAAGCUAACUGCAAUGGAGAACAACAAGAACUCUGACCUUGAGAAGAAAGAGGGAAGAAUUGAUGAUCUGUUGCGGGCGAACUGUGACCUACGGCGGCAGAUAGACGAGCAGCAGCGCAUGCUGGAGCGAUACAAGGAGCGUCUCAACAAGUGUGUGACUAUGUCCAAGAAGCUGCUGAUUGAGAAGUCAAAGCAAGAGAAAAUGGCCUGCCGAGACAAGAGCAUGCAGGACCGGCUUCGGCUGGGCCACUUCACCACCGUCCGGCACGGGGCCUCCUUCACAGAACAGUGGACGGACGGAUACGCCUUCCAGAACCUCAUCAAGCAGCAGGAGAGGAUCAACUCUCAGCGAGAGGACAUCGAGAGGCAGCGGAAGCUCCUGGCCAAGCGCAAGCCGCCCUCCAUGGCCCAGACUCCACCCCUGAGCCUGGAGCCCAACAAACGCAAGAGCAAGGCCAACGGGGCAGAGAGCGAAGCGUACGGCGCCCUUCUCGCUUCUACUGUGUGUGUGUCUGUGUCUGUGUCUGUGUCUGUGUUUGUGUGUGUUUGUGUGUGUCUGUGUCAUCAAUGCCAAAAAACACACUGUGUUUUAUAUCCUCACAGGUUAUCACAGGCAGAGUACCACGAACAGGAGGAGAUCUUUAAACUGAGAUUAGGGCAUCUUAAAAAGGAGGAGGCUGAGAUCCAGGCAGAGCUGGAGAGGCUGGAACGUGUCCGGAACCUGCACAUUAGGGAGCUAAAGAGAAUCCACAACGAAGACAACUCACAAUUCAAAGAUCAUCCGACCCUCAACGACCGCUAUCUGCUGCUCCACCUUCUCGGGCGAGGUGGCUUCAGUGAAGUUUAUAAGGCAUUUGACCUGACAGAACAGCGGUACGUCGCGGUCAAAAUCCACCAGCUGAACAAGAACUGGAGGGAUGAGAAGAAGGAGAACUAUCACAAACAUGCGUGCCGGGAGUAUAGAAUUCACAAAGAGCUUGAUCACCCGCGGAUAGUCCGCCUCUACGACUACUUUUCACUUGACACCGACUCGUUCUGCACGGUUCUGGAGUAUUGUGAGGGGAACGACCUUGACUUCUAUCUGAAGCAGCACAAGCUCAUGUCGGAGAAGGAGGGGCGCUCCAUCAUAAUGCAGAUUGUCAACGCCCUCAAGUAUCUUAACGAGAUCCGACCGCCCAUCAUCCACUAUGACCUCAAACCAGGUAACAUCCUUCUGGUGAACGGAACGGCCUGUGGAGAGAUCAAAAUCACAGACUUCGGCCUGUCCAAGAUCAUGGAUGAUGACAGUUACAACUCUGUUGACGGCAUGGAGCUGACGUCCCAAGGAGCAGGCACAUACUGGUACCUGCCCCCAGAGUGCUUUGUGGUUGGCAAGGAGCCUCCUAAAAUAUCCAGCAAGGUGGAUGUGUGGUCAGUGGGAGUCAUAUUCUACCAGUGCUUGUAUGGUCGCAAGCCUUUCGGUCACAACCAGUCCCAGCAGGACAUCCUGCAGGAAAACACAAUACUGAAGGCAACCGAGGUGCAGUUCCCCCCAAAGCCAGUAGUCACACCUGAAGCAAAGGCCUUUAUAAAGCGCUGCCUGGUCUAUCGCAAAGAGGACCGCAUCGACGUGCACCAGCUGGCCAGUGACCCCUUUCUCAUGCCCCAUAUCCGCAAGUCGGUGGCCUCCUCGGGAGGCUCGGGCACCGCCAUGGCGUCCACCUCCAGCUCCUCUAACAGCAGUGCUUCAAACUGAGCCCCCGUCUCCAUGACGUACUGACCUGAGCCGUGGUGGCGGUGGGGCCGAGAGAGAGAGAGAGAGAGAGAGGGAGGUGGAAGUAUCAGCCUCGUCAUCCCCUCCUCAGCGGUGUCCCACUUUGCCAUGUUGCGAUGAAGAGAAACGACCCCGUUACUGGCAAAGGGGAGGGUCACGUGAUGCGGGGGUCACGGAGAGGGGGAUUGUGCUAGGGGUUGGCCUCUCCAACCCGCAACGCCUCUAUCCCAUGUGUCCGACCAACCCAUCCCCCCUACACCCUCUCUCCCACCCAACAGAUCAGGGUGGAGCUGGUCUGGGGGUCAAAGCCCUAGACUACCCGGCAGAGCAGGGGGGGGGACCGGGCGUGAUAGCACGUUGGGUGAGAAGUUAGGGGUUCUGCUUUUGAGAUUUUAUAUUGUUAUGCUAAUUAUUUCCGGAGGAGCAAGAGAGCGAAAGAAAAUACUUUUUAGAAAUGCUUCAGCUUGAAAGAAGUUGACAAAGCCCUCCAAUCUACAUGUAAAGAGACAAACAGGCAAACCUAAUACACACGCGUAUGCAUGAACUGCUCUGGACCCAGGUCCAUUUGAGCCCCCCAUUUAUUUAUUUUUUUCAGUUUCCCAAAAAAUGAUUUGCUUCCUACACCCCUGAACCCAACCGGGAGUGCCAGUCUAUAUGCCUGUAAGUGUACCGAACCUAAAGCCUGGUCCUUGUUUUAAUUCCAGAACCAGACUGCUUGUUAAGUGGGCCGGCAAAGAAGCUCCACUUCUCCACCCAUCCACCCCUUUCGCCCACACACCCCGCUCUCAAGUGUCCUCUCAAAACUCCUGUGACCAAAGUUUGCAACUUCCAGUUGGUGGCAGUGUUCCACUGGAUCUUGAAUGGUUUAAGAGUUCAUGUUGCUUGAUGUGAAGUGGAAGAUGUUGAAUCAUCCUUUUUUUUUCGUUUCUUUUUUAUUUUAAAUCUUCGAUUUUACCAGUUUCAUGGACCCCAUUUUUUUUUUUCAAGUUGCCUUCAAUGAGAGCUGUUUUAAUUGGUCUCUGUUCCAUAAACACACUUAUUUAUUUAGUUAUGUUUUAAUUUUUCGCCAUUGAAAUGCAAGGGACUGGUUUACCUUAUAAUAGUACUGUUUGGCGGGGGACAGAUUGGGCCUUAGCAAAGAAUUGCAUCAACCAUUAAAUACUAUUGGUUAAAAUUUG